UGGUAUUUUAGUGUUUAUGGAAGAUGGUAGUGCUGAACUACCUUGUCCAGUGAGAUGUACUAAAAAGACAAUAAUUACUCACGAACAAACAACUUCCUCAUUAAUGAAAGUGUUUGCAUUAACUGUCAUUUUGGACAAAGUGUCAACGGGUAAAAAUGUUAAAUCUUUAUGUCAGCAAAGUAAAGAAUGUAAGCAGAUAAGCAGCUAUUCCUGUACAACAUGCAGUUUAAAGAUCUGUGAAAAAUGUCAAAACCUUCAUUCUUGUUCCAACAAUCAUAUAUCAAUGUCAUUUUCAAUCCAAAAUUGCAAGAACUUCAACCAUUGUGUACGCAACAUGUCUCGCUUGCAAAAUUUGUCUGUAUUGAUUGUGAAAAUUUGUUAACAUGUGUUUAUUGCAAACACCGACAACAUAAGAAUCACAGAAUCAAAACGAUAGAUGAAUUUGGUGUGGAAGCCAAAAAGUGGUUUCAAUCGUUUAUCACUUUAUUCGAUGAAGCAAAAGUGGUGUUGGAAAAGUUAACAAGAAAAUACAGUGACGCUCUAACAAAUUUAGAGAAAGAAAGGGAAGUAUUUGUUCAAAAAUUAAAAGAAAGAAAGUUAAAACGAUUAGAAGAGUAUCUCAAAAUGGUAAAUAAAGAAGAAGAAGAUCUAUUGCGGAUAUUCGAUGAGAAAUCUGAAGAAUUUAAAGCAAAAUUGACUUGUGAUGGUUUUGUCGACAGUAAGAAAGUACAAGAAUUUGCAGAUUACGUUCAAGCUUUUAAUUUAAAAUCACAUUUUGAGUUAGUUACAGAAAAGUUGGAAAUUGAACGACAAUUUCGCAGGCUAUCCUCGUUUCCAAGAACUAUCCCAACAUUCAAUUCACAUCUUCAUCAAAUGAACAAAGCAGAUAUUUUGUCAAAUCCAUUGGGAGAAAUAAAUAUUUCAAUAGAUGACGUCACCACUGUUGGUGUAGAUCCCAAUGAAUGUUCUGUUUAUAGAAACUUGAUUGAUGAAGUUGAAACCCAACCCAACUAUUCCCAAUUAACAACUGAUCUAAUGAACUUAGUUGAAAGUCUGAAAAAGUACGAGAAACCAAUUGUAAAUCCUUCUUCUGGAAAACAACAACAGAAUGAUGUAAAGCCAAAAAGUUUCCAGCUUGCUGAGAAGCGUUACUCUUUUAAAGAACUUGAAACAAUCAUUGAAAAUGGCGAUGUCAAGACAUUUCAAACGAUUCUUAUCGAUCAUCCAAGUAUCGUUAAAAUGAGAGGUAAUGAUGGAAAAACACUGUUGAUUAUAGCAGCAUGGAACAAUAAACCAUCAAUAGUGAAAUGUUUGAUUGAUGCUGGUAGCGAUGUGAAUUCUGUGGAUAAAAUUAAAUGGAAUGUAUAUCACUACAGUGCAUGUUAUGGUCGUCAUGAUGCUUUGAAUGUUUUAAUUAAUCAUGACAACACAAACAUUAACAAUGUAAACAAUAGCAAUUACACACCAUUACAUCUUGCAUCUUGUUUCGGUCGUAUUGAUUGUGUGAAGUUGUUGUUGUCUAUACCACACAUCGAUGUCAAUAUACGAAACAAAAGGAAUGAAACUGCUUAUGAUGUUGCUUGUAAUAACUCUAUCAAACGUUUAUUACAAGAACAUUAGAAAAAUUAAGAAAAUUUUCUGACAAUUAUAUUUUUCAAUUUACCUAAGCAAAUUAUUAAACGCAUAUAUCGUCUUUUUUAUUAGAACUAUAGGUUAUAGUAGAAUAGGUUUCUUAUUUAUUUCAUAAAUUUACGUUAACAAAUUUCAAAACAUGACUUCUUAAGAAGAAGAAGGUAUAAUUCAUCAAAUUUAGUUGACUAACAGAAGUAAGUAAGAGAAUUUGUUUUAAGACACACCUCUGGCUCUUUCUGGACUUAUCAUCAAAAUCUUUUUUUUUUAAUCAAGAACGUAAGAAGCACUAAACAAGUUUUCUUGACUUGUAUAUAUCGCAAAUAUAUGAUACUCGUCACUUUAUAAUACCUCGUUUAUCAAUUCCACGGCUAAAAUAUAUAGAACCUGGGACGA